UGAGGAAAGUUCCUCUUUCUCUACAACUCUCCUUGACUUCUCUAGGGCCGGGUACGGUUCUGAGGAAAGGAUGCACUUAGCUGACGCUCCCUUAACGCACGCUCAACGCCCUCCACGUCGCAACUCUCGGCACUGAGGACUACAAGUCCCAGGAUGCAACCAAAAGAUUGUGGUAUGGAAAGUUACCUAGGAGAGGAUGCUCGGCAAGAGAAAGUCGCGCCUUCCUCCCCAAGUGAGUAAAGGGUGCCUGCGCGGGGGCGGGGCCAGCGGCUAGAGGUCAGAGGUCAGAGUGCCGUUGUGGCGGGAACUGGGGCGAUGUUGACUGAGGCGUGGAUCUCCCGCGGACGAAGAGUCGAGAAGGGGAGGAAUGUGAAGUGAGGCUGGAAAGAGACGGAAGGGUCCAAGAAGAAGCCGAGAGGGCCAGUGUGGUGACAGGGCUUGCAUGCAUCCUGAGAGAAGGGGUUGGUGGCUGCCCCUUCUGUGAUGUUUCUGUGCUUCCACAUGGCUCCUGUGAAGAUCAGCCACGUGGUAUCGUUCUCCUCCCAGGACUCCAGGUACCCUGUGGAAAACCUGCUGGACCCAAAUGAACCAUUGAGGCCUUGGCUCAGCUCCCCUCGGGACCACAGUGGGCAGCUCAAGGUGGAGCUGCAACUAGAACGGGCUGUGCCCAUCAGUUACAUUGACAUAGGGAACUGUGGCUGCGCCUUUUUGCAGGUGGAUGUGGGACGUUCCUCCUGGCCCCCAGGAAGGCCUUUUCUGACCUUGCUUCCAAUGGCCACAUUGAUGUCACCAGCUGACUCCAAACUGGGAAAGAACCGUUCAGGGGUCCGCAUGUUUAAAGAUGGGGAUUUUAUGGCCCCAACAGCAAGUGAGAGCUGGGACCGGCUUCGAGUGACUUGUAGCCAGCCCUUCAACCGCUGGCAGCCCUUUGGUCUCAUGUUCCUUCGAGUGCGUUCUCUGCAGGAGCCCAGAGAAAACCCUGAGAGCUCUCAAGCAUGUGACCAGAGCCAGUCUCCCUUAUUAAAGGUGGAGCCCUCUGUACAAGAACUUCAAGCCAGUCCUUGGCUUGCCAGCCCUGCCAUCCGGAGAACGUUCUUCCCAGAUCCACAGCCGAGCCUGGGGCAGGUGACUGAACUCAGGAGCCGCCUACAGCAGCUGCAGCCUGGGGCUUUAGGACGCUCGGCCCACAUGGUGCUUUCUGCUGCCUGCCGGGCCCUUCCAUCUACCUCGAAGAGCCUUGGGUGCCCCCAAGGGGAACCAUCCCCCAACCACACAGCCAACUCAGAUGUCCCUGAGGCCAAGGAGCCAGGGUCCCAGGAGCAGAACUCGGAGAAUGAGUCAAGUAGGACAAAGAGACAGAAGCUACAAAACCCAGGAAGAAGACCUCCAGCCACCCCACGUCCACGGCAGUGCAGGAAGGUGAUGCCCAGACGACAGCUCCCCCAGCCACAGACGAGUAGUGACCAUGGUCAAGAGAGUGGACAGUGCCCCAUUUGUGCAGGAUCCUUCAGCUUUGAGGUCCUUCCCCUCCAUGCUGCAACCUGUGGAGAGAACUCCCCACCUCACCCAGUGUCACCCUCCUCCUCUUCAUCCUCUUCAUUAUCCCCACCUCGGACUCCAUCCUCACUGAACUCUGAGUCCCCUCGGGAGAACACACCCCCCCCUGCCUGGGUACAAUGCCCCAUCUGCCAGGGCCAGUUCCCAGCAAGGGAGGUGGCAUGGCACGCCAGCAGGUGUGGGGAGCCCCCUGAGAACCCCUGGAUGGGCCUGGACUAGACCUUUAUGCCCCACGUGCUCUUGACUUCCUGCACACAGCCAUCUUGCUAGAUUCUAGGAAUAUGGAAGUACAAGCUACAAGAAAAGGCCAGAGGAAACAUGAAGCCCUUGAGGCCAGGAAUCUCAGCUCUCUCCCCACCCCCACCUUGAUUUCCCAUAAGGUUGUGGAAGAGCCUGAAAUAGCAGAACUCAGGCCUGUGGGAUUGCUGAUAACACUGGGCUGAGCUUCAUUACUAUUCCAGGUUGCCAUGACAGCUGUUGCCAGGGCACUUAGCUCCUUGCCAACCAUCCUGCCCUUCUCCCAGGGAAGUCAAUUUAUAGUAAUGGAUAAACAGACACGGGCUAUGGUGUUCUGCCUGGUGCCCCUCACCCUGGGGACAGAAAAGGACCUCAGCCUUGUUCCAGAUAUAUUCAAAUAGAAACUGAGGAACCAAGGAGUGAUCAUGCGAUCCAGCAGAAUCUGUCCUGGGAUGUUAACCCUAUGUUCCCCAUGCCAAGAGGGAGGAGGCAAACAGUGAAGAUGCUUCUUAUGUAAAAACAUCACAUUUAACUCCAAGUCUUCUGGUGAGCUGAAAGUCAGAUGAUCUGAGAUGUCAAUUACUGGUCUGACUGUGUGACACUGAGUAAGUCAUGAAACCUCUCAGGUCUCAGUUUACUCAUUUAUAACUAAGGGAUUAUUAUUUUCACACCACAGUACUUGAGGGUUUUCGCAGGUACCCUGCAAAUUUUGCUGUAAUUUAAAAACUGACUUGUAAGCAAUGAGACAGUAAUCUCCAUGAAGUAUUGGAGGAAGGCUUCUUACCACCAAAGGCUUAACAGGACCAGUGGCUGAAGGGGAUGAUGGGCCCAAAAGAACUGUGAGGAGUUGAGAGCCCACAAGAAGGAGAAGGAUCAAGGGCUGAAGCAGUCGGGAGGGGCUCAGAUGGAGGGUCAGGGCUGCUCCCCAAAGAAAGGUCCCUCUCCUCCCCCAGUCCCCUACUGAGAGAAGGCCACCUGGAGCAUCAAGCAGCACUGAUGUUUCCAGGAAGGCCUGCAGGAGGAAGUCCCAUUCUUGGAGGAAUGGCUUCAUGCUGAAGCAAGCACAGAAGAGAGUGAGCAAGACAGAGAGAAGUCUGGGAGGCAUACCAUAUGGAGACUGGUUAAAGGCAGAAUUAGGACCAAUGAUGGGGAGGUGCAAAGAAACAAUUCAGUUUAAUAAAAAGGAAAACAUCUUGAAAACGGCCUUAUCUUCCAGAAAUGAAAUGGACCAUUCUGGAAGGCAUUGCAUUCCCCAUUACUGGAGAUCUUCCCAUAGAAAUUAAUGACCGUUUGUUGAGGAUUCUGUAGAAUGGGUUCUCGUUUGGGUACAAGUUGGACUAAAUAACCCCUGAGGGGCCUUUCAGUUCUGAAAUUCUGUGAUUCUAAGCCAGGAAGGGUAUACAAGGUGUGCCCAGAGGACCCAGCGAAGCUUCCUCCCACUCUGCUAUUCUUCCACAGUUGGUGUGACAGGGCCUGACUCCCACUCCACUCCAAACAUGCUCUAAUGCGUGUGUUUGCUCUCCAGGUCCCUGAGGGGCAAGGCAGGGGCAGAGGAUGGGGAGCAGCUGGUCCUGGCAGGGGCAGGGCCCAGCACAGGGCGGGGUCUGGGUACAUAAGAAAGAGUUGGGUAUCCCAACAGGAGCAAACAGAACAGGAAGACCAGGAGGGCAUAGCCAUGGAUUCACUCACGGUAAGGAGGUUCACCACUGCCCCCCUCUGCCUUCACUGAAGGUUUCCCUAAAUCUUGGAAUGGCACCUGCUCUUCUAGAAAGAGCCUGAGUUCAGCUAUUUUAGACCAGUACUGAGAAUUUUUUGGUUGGGGAGUUUAGAGACCCCUUCAUCUUUUCAAUAUAGGGGUUGGGGGCAAUAAGAGAACGCAAAGGCAAGAGGGGACCUAGGCCCAGGAAGUGUCGGGGUCCAGUCUACGGGAAGAUAUUAGAGGAAUUGGAAAAAGCCUCAAAGGAGCAGUCUCCAGAAAGAAGCUCUGGGCAACUGUGUACCUGUUUACUGCUGCUUCAGGGAGGGGGCCCUGGACAGGAGGGCUCCAGGGAUUCAUUGCGAGUUGGGAGAGGGGGGAGAGCAGCUGGCAAGAAACAACAAGGGGGAGCAGGGACUAGGGUCUCUAUUAUUUCAACCUAUAAAGUUGCUUAUACCUAGAUCAGGGUUAGGUGCAGACAUCAUGCUUAGCCUAGGCUUAUCCAGGGGCCAGUGGCAGGAUUAAUUUUAGUGAUGAAAGGGACCUUGGAGAUAGAUCCUUGGAAGCCAGGAGUCUUGGCUCCCAGCCCAUCAUAUCAAAUAGUCAUCAAGGGAAGGAAUAGGUGGGCAUUCCUGCCCAUCCUUGUUCAUUGAACCCCUCUAAAAUUUAGCCUAUCUUCUUUCUGCCCCUGAGGCCCUAAACUAGUUUUGGUUGAGUGAGAUACAAAGAUGGAUAGAGCUGGGCAUGGUAGUACAUACCUGUAAUCCGUCUUACAAAGGAGCCUGAGGCUGGUGGAUCAGAAUUCUUGAGGAUUCUGAGUUGCAAUGGGCUAUGCUGAUUGUAUGUGUCUGCUCUGAUAAGUUUGGUGUUAAUGUAGUGAGCCCGGGGUGGGAUGGAGGGGUAACAAGGUUGCCUAAGGGGAGGGGAAUAGGCUUAAGUGAGAAAUAGCAGAUCAAAACUGUGUAGAUCAGAGGCCUGUGUAUGGCCCCUGCACUUCCAGCCUGGAUGAGAUAAGGAGAUCUGGUCUUAAAUAAAUUUUUUUAAACCACCAAAGGUUCCUAGAGAGAUCUGAGCCCUGACUGACCUCAGACCCUUUAUAAAAUAAAACAAAAGUUAAGAGAUCUUA